ACGUUCGCUUCGUAUUUUCUGAUCGAUUUUUUUGCAAUUGAAAAACGGGUGUUUUCCGUAAAUUCUCGUCGAUAUGUUAUCUGCAAUGAUAAAGGACCACCAGUCCAGACAAGCGGCCAGGAAGGAAGAGCAAGAUCGGAGAAGAAAAGAAGCGAUACUGUCUGCGAACGAGCUAACGCAGAACUUGGUGGAUCAUUUAAAUGUUGGCGUUGCCCAGGCCUAUUUGAACCAAAAACGACUGGAUGCGGAAGCCAAACAGUUGCAUGUAGGUGCGACGAACUUUGCCAAACAGACACAGCAGUGGCUGACGCUGAUCGAGAAUUUCAACGGUUCACUGAAGGAAAUCGGAGAUGUGGAAAACUGGGCUAAAACGAUCGAAAACGAUAUGAACGUCAUAACGACGGCACUGGAGAUUGCCUACAAAACGAGUCAAGAAAAGUGAUUUUUUGUUGUUGUUGCGUUGUAUGUGUUCAAUAUUUAUUU